CUAACCCUUAACUUUUGAAGAAAGCUCUUUUCCCUCCGGCCUCACUCCCUUUCGAUUGGGUUCACUCUGGUUUCUACUCAGCUGUGUAAAAGCUUUUUAGCCGUUGAAAGUUUUCAAAUUCAAAAUUCCAACAGUUACAACUUAACUUACAGGUUCAAAAUUUCUGUUUGAAUCAAUUUUUCAUAUUGUCUUUCUGUCAAAAGCAUGGAUGGAUGCAGACAAAAUGUAUUGGACUCUAAUUCUAAAAAGGUGAUUGAUGCAAUUGAUAAAGCAACUGUUCAUUUUCCUUCCCCUCAAAAACUUGGGAUUGCUGGAAAUCAGAAUUGGGAAAGUAAAUUUGCAUCUCAGACUCCAGAGAAGACAAAUCAAUCUCUUAAUGCCAAACCCAAAGAGGCAGAAGUUGAGCUUCUGGAAAGGCAUAAGGCCAUCAUAGAACUCUUUGAUAGUAUGACUUGUUCAUUGAGAUUGCUUGGUCUGCGUAAAAAGUCGCCUACUUUUCAAAACAUUUGCACUCAGGUGGAAGUGUUAACUAGAAGGAAGUUCUCUUAUGGGCAUCUUGCACAGCUAAAAUAUUUACUUCAUGAAGCCAUACAAAUAGAUAAAAUUCUUGUGCAUGACAAGAAAACCCUAUGUAUGAAGCCAGAGAUGGAAAUUACACUGGUGUUUAAUGAGAUAGAAGGCCAUCAUGAGCAAUCCGAUUUCAUUGCUCUCCACCAACUAUUUGCUUCUAGGCUUACUAAUUACUUUACUGUGCAUCCUGAGGCUUGUGACAUUCCAGAGGCCAUAUUGCCAGAUCCUUUUAACCAAAGCAAAAGGACUGCCUUUGGGGGCGAGGUCAGUGACAUUCCAGAGGUCAAACUUCCUGAGCCCGUAAGCCAAAGUCAGACCUUUGCUACAGAGCAAUUGCUUGCAAAUGCUUCAACAGAAGAUCUACCUACUACAGUUGAAAGUGAACCACCAUCAAAAUCAUCCCAUAUGCACCCAUCUUUUAGUAGACACUUCUCUGAGAAGAUUAUUACUGAAAAAGACAAGACCCAACUAUUAACUUCUUCAGUUCCUUUAUCAUCUGUACCAUCCAAUAUGAAGAAUCAAGAUACUGAAAUUUCAAAAACAACAGAACAUCCUGAUCCAAGUUCCAAAUCUGAUAGUGAGACCAAUCUGAACACCAAAUAUGAGCAAGGAAAAGAAUCUCCUGGCACAAAUUCCACAUCUACCACCAUACAUCCUAUACUUGUUCAAGCAAUCAAUCCUCAAUUCUCUAUCGAUAACAAUGCAUGUGGAAGCCCCAUGUGGAAGCUUGCAUCAUCUGCUGAUAAUUUAAUGGUAGAAACACCUGCACAGUCAACUCCAAAGAGGGCAACGCCACUUAGUGAUGAUAACCACAAGAGUGUGGCCAGCCAAAAGCAGGCAUCAUCAUCUUGUACGGCUGCAAAGAGGUCUUUAGAUUUCUCAUUAUUGGAAGGUAAUGAGUCAGCAUGCUGUGAAUUUUUACCGGACAACAUCUCUCAAACUGUAGAUGGUUCUUCUGCAAUACUUCAAAAGGUUGACGAGAGCUUUGGCUGUGACACUGAGGAACUCAAGAUGAGUCCGUCAGAUUUCUUGCAUCAGCAGAUAUCUGUUUACUUGCCUAGACUGGUUUCACUGAUUCACCGCAUAUUCCAGUCUGUCAACUACUCUACAAUCACAAAGGAGGAACUUGUGCACAAGAUAAUCGUAAAUAGUUUUGAUUUUGAUGAAAGAAGGCAAGUUGAAGAGCAGAUUGAGAUUCUUGAAAAGCUGGUUCCAGACUGGAUUUGCAUGAAGCUUGCACCUAGUGGAGAUGUUUUGUACUGUAUCAAGAAAGCGUCAGAUUUGAACUCUGUUCAGUCCAGGGUUGCCAUGAUUAAGAGCAAUUAGAGGUCAUUGGUUAUAAUUGCUGAGCUAUCUUAUUAGAGGAUGAUGAACUUUACAUUGAUGGAGCAGAAUUUUAAGGUUAGGAAGGAAGACCUCCCUUUUGGAAUCCAAAAAACCUGGGUGAUUUCCUCUCCAUCAUCCAUCACUAAUUUGAAUUACUAUUUUUUUGUUUUAAUCAAAGAAAUGCAAUUUUAGAAACUAUUUGCUUGUUGUAUAAAAUGUAUUUGCAUUUACAUUUUGAAUUAUGUAAAUAUUUGGCUAUGUAAGCUCAAACUUUCAAUAAAAAAAACUUUACGGCUUCCUUAACUUUGUAAA